GGGAACACGAACAGCAGCUUGACUUCCGAGGAAGCGGGAGCUACAUCUUGUUCACCUGCAUCAUACCCGUCAUUCUGGGCUUCCUCGGAUUAGCGCUCGUCUUCGUCGUGAGCCGUCUUGGAACUGAACCCGCUGCUGCAAGCUCGGCCGUGGUCAUCUUGCGUAGCGGUCCUUACGGGACGCAGGUAAAGGCUAAUGUGCUCGCUAACGUGUACCAGACGCACGCGCCCAUAGACGGCUCCGGAACUAUACGUGACACCAUCUUCAUGAACAACUUCAACUACACGGACCCGAAUCAACAAGCAACGGGCCCGGCACUGACCAUGGUGAACAUGCUGAGCCGAGCCAGAAGCGACAGGGCCAAGAGCAUCGCCUCCGGAGGUCCCAACGUCACCAACAUCUGCUACAGCGAGAGUCUGAUGGGUAUAAGGGUGGACACGCGGACGGUGCUUAGGUACUCGGAGAUAUGCGAGACGGUCCAGUGCUGCUCCACAGUGAAGCCGCCCCAGCGCAACGACCUGAGCCGUUCCAGGAUCGUGAGCGUCAAGAAAGGCAGCCACUACCUGGUCUCGUACGACGACCCGGCCACGUUAGAGGAGAAGGCGAACGAGAUUGCUGAAACCACCGGUGAGCGGCUCUGCAUCGCGGCCGAUGACGCCGAUGCGGACGACUUUCACGGCAAAUGCGGCGACAAAGCGGCGCUCCUCAGCAAAAUGGCCGAAAUAGCGCGCAAACGCAACUCGGCCUACAUUCCCUUUGUGUAGAGCACGUGAAAGG